AGGCCUGUGAAAGAUACGAGGAGUUCCCCCCUGGCCACGUCUUUGACUCCAAGACGGGGACGCGGCGUCCAUUCUAUACACCGAAUUGGUCCAAGCCAACUCCCGUUCCAAGCCAGGAAAUUGCCUUGCACACUCUGAGAGAAGCCUUUGAAAAGGCUGUCAUCUCUCACAUGAUGUCGGAUGUGCCCUAUGGGGUGUUGCUGAGUGGUGGUUUGGACUCGUCCUUGGUCGCCUCAAUCAUGUCGCGCAACAGUCAGAGGAGGCAACACACGGGGCCCGCAGCGUGGCCGCAGCUACACUCUUUUAGCAUCGGGCUGAAGGGCAGUCCCGACUUGAAGGCCGCCAAAGAGGUGAGUAACUUCCUCGGAACGGUGCAUCAUGAGUACGUCUUCACCAUCGAAGAAGCCUUGGAUGCCCUACCGGACGUCAUCUACCAUUUGGAGACCUUCGACGUGACCACCAUCCGCGCUUCAACACCCAUGUACCUCAUGGCCAGACGGAUUAGGGCUACAGGCGUCAAGAUGGUUCUCAGUGGUGAGGGUGCUGAUGAGAUCUUUGGUGGUUACCUCUACUUUCACAAGGCGCCAAACAAGGAGGAGUUCCAUGCUGAGAACUGCAGAAAGAUUGGUCAACUCCACCUUUAUGAUUGCCUGCGCGCAAACAAAGCCAUGAUGGCCUGGGGAGUGGAGGCAUUGCGCUGGUAUGAACAUCCUGGAAAAUCCCAGCAAUGUUGA